AUGACAGGAAGUUUUUUCAUUACCUUUGUAUAUGGAUUUAAUGAUGUAAAAUUGAGGGAGCAAUUGUGGUUGGAUAUUCAGGCAUUAGCUAUGAAGAUAAAUGAGGCUUGGAUUAUCUUGGGGGACUAUCAGAAUGAGAGAACUGGAAAGAAGACUACUCUAAAACCUUCAUUGAGCCUCAGAGAUUGCAUGAUUCACUGUCAAAUGGAAGAUUUGAAGUUUUCUGGGUGUUUUUAUACAUGGACAAACAAACAAAGGCCUGAGGAUCGUGUAUACUCUAAAAUUGAUAGGGCUAUGGUUAACAUCAAAUGGACUGAUCAAUACACAAAUUUUGAAGAUGUUUUUCUCCCUGAAGGUAUCUUUGAUCAUAGUCCCAUUCUUAUUUCAUUCUAUCUGGAUGUGGAAAUUGGGAAACAACCAUUCAGGUAUUUUAGAAUGUGGAAGGAGGCUCCUUCAUAUGCAAUUAAGCUGUGCAACCUCUGGAAACAACCAGUUUCGGGUACUGAAAUGUAUAAAGUUGUCCUGAAGUUAAAAAGACUUAAACAGGAGACAUUGGCUAGGGAAGAGUAUACUCGGUUAAACAUAGCAUAUAUGCUAUUCUUAGCACAGAAAGCCAAAGCUACUUGGGUGAUGAAUGGGGAUGAAAACACUGCUAUUUUCCAUGCUUCGUUGAAAGUUAGAAGGCUUCAAAAUCGCAUCUACUCUAUACAAUCUGAGCAAGGCAACUGGGUGGAUACAGCAGAUGGGGUACAGAGAGCUUUUCUAGAUUAUUAUAAGAAUUUAUUGGGAACUAAAAUGCCAAGUAGAAGGAAGGUUUCACAGGCCAUUGUUGAUUUAGGUCCUGGAAUUUCUGAGGAACACUCUAGGUUGCUGUCUAUUCCGUUUACUGCACAGGAAGUUAAAGAGGCAUUAUUCUCCAUUUCAGGUCUAAAGGCUCCUGGUCCUGAUGGAUAUUGUAGUUUUUUUUUUAUCAAGAUAACUGGGAAUUAG